AGAGACUUUCAAAGGGGUAUCCUCAAGAGGCGUCGCCUUCAUGUGUAUGUCGGGAGAAGAUGUCGAAGAAAAGGCAUUGCAACUUAGUGGAACUGAUGUGGGAGGAUGGACUGUUAUCGUUAAGCCUGCACCCUUGCAGAAAGAACUCAGGGAUCCUCAGCAAACCAGGAAGGCAACCAAACCACAUCGGGUCCGCGUUACGGGAUAUGAUACUUCCCUUCCUGAGAUUGAUAUCCAGAUGGCGCUGUGUAAUCAUUUCUCUUCAUGUGGAGAGGUCACGCAAGUUCUGGUUCUCCCUAGCGGUUCAGCUUCCGUUUUUUUUCAAGGAGAGAAAUAUCUAGUCAAGGCGCUUAAACUAACUGGAAGUAACAUGGGAGGAAUGAAUCUUGUAGUUGAACCUAAUUUGCCUCGACCGGAAGACAUAAUAAUAAAAAGACAGCGCCUCAGCACUAGUACUGGCUAUACGCCAAGAAGUAUUUUAAUCGAUGUGGCUGAGGAAAAGAAGAAGAAGAUGCAGAUGGAUAUGGAGAUGGAGAUGGAUGAGAAGAAGAAGAAGAAGAUGAAAACGGAGGUGAUUAAGGUGGAGAAAGAGAUUAAGAAGUACAUGGAGAGGAGUAUAUAGACAGGAAAAAGAGGAUGGAGAUGGCUCCCUCUUAAGUACUGUAAGCUCAACAAUCAUCUUGUGCCUUCAUCGUCACUCAUGCGAUGCCGUGUAUAUGUUAUCUGCUUUCGCUAGUACAAUGCAACCUUUUUCUUUUCUAAUUUUUA